AUGGACGAAUUGUUCAACGUUACUAAUCCGUUCAUCGGCUCAUCGCAGACAGAGCCCUUCCAUUUCAGAAUUGUUUCGCAUAACGUAAGAGUUGAUACAAUGCGCCGAUUCCCACACGAAAAGCCUUGGAGUGAAAGGAAAGUGGGUGUAAUCGACACUCUUAAGUCAAUCAGUUCAAGUGAUGUGCCGGUGUUGUUCGGUCUUCAAGAAGUUAAGUAUCACCAGCUAAACGACGUUCUUAUGGGGUUAAACGACGGUAACUCCGACGAAGAAAUUCCCUGGACUCAUUACGGAGUGGGGAGAGAUGACGGGAAUGUGAAAGGUGAGUUUGCUCCUAUAAUAUAUAAUUCAGAUGAAUGGCGCUUACUUAAUGGAACCUCGAGGUGGUUAAGCUCCAGGCCACAUCACGCCGAAAGAUCCUGGGGUGCUGCCACCAAGAGAGUUGUAACUAUAGCCACCUUUCAGAACAAGGCACUGGGGAACGUUAUUAAUUUCAUAAACACCCAUCUAGACCACAAGUCCGAAAGAGCCAAGAGAAAGUCUUCAAAAUUGCUUCUUGACUGGAUAGAUCAGAUCCCCAACGAGGAGCCUACCUUCUUAAGUGGUGACUUCAAUUCUUUGAGUAAUGAAAUUGCAUACGAAUUGCUUGCUACCAAGUUAGACGAUGCCAAUUCCAUUGCAAGAAAUCAUAAAUAUUACAAAGAUACCAAGGAAACUUAUACUGGCUUUGAAAAGCACCAAGCUCCUACUAUAAUAGACUUCAUAUGGUCGACAUUGGGUAACUGCAAAACUUCCAAAAUUGAAGUGGACACAUAUUCCACGUUGUCAAACGAAGAGGGUAAACUAAGAUUCUCUGACCAUAGGCCUCUUCAAGUUGAUUAUAAGAUCACGGAUGGUGGGACCUUUUAG